GUGACCCCGCACGCGGAAGUUUUUCUCCUAAGCGUCGAAGAUGGCUGCGCCGUGUAGGACGCUCGCGCGGACAGCUAUGGAUGGUAUGUAUCGCCUCUCAGCCAGCCAGCUCCGUUUAAGGGCCCCUCUGGUUCCGAAUGUCCGCUGUCUCGGGUCCCAGCAGUGUGCGCUCCGCUGCCGGGCCCUUCACAGUACCCGUUACCCGCUCCACAGCUGCACCGAGGCAGAACCUCAGAAAACUGCAAAGGAGGAGGAGGCUUACAGGCCAGAGUAUAUUCCCAAGAGGAAGGCAAAAAACCCAAUGAUGAUUAUAGGUUAUUCAUGGAUGGUCGGACUUCCCGCUGGCAUAAUCAUGUUCAUUCUGGCUAAAAGGCAGGUAGACAAGAAUCGGCUGAAACAGCUAAAAAUCCGACGGAAGAUGAAGAGGGCCAACGAGAGCCAAUACGAAAGUCAGCGUUAUAAUAUAACGCCUGGGACCGAUUAACUGAUUUCUUACUGUAUGUAAGAACUUGAUACUUUUUUGUUGUUGCGAUUGUAUUUUCUAGCUGUAUCGUGUUUAAAAGAACGUGUGUGCGUGCCAUAAAUGGAAAAUGGAGCAUUUGUUUUCAUUAGUAAUAUUAUGUGACUAAUUGCACAUUACAGAAAUGCAGAUUUUCCCUGUGGACUUAAAAAAUAAAAUCAGAAUGACAUGAUAACAUCA